UAGUCCACGUGAAUGGAUGGAUAUAUCAUAUAUAUGGUGAUGAGCCUAACUGCCAAACAAGAGAGGAAGAGCUAAUGUGCACAGCGCCCACUUUCCCGGCUUAAAGGCUAAUUACUGCUCGGGAAGAAGUAGUUAGUUAUGAGGGUCAUUCAAACUGCUGGGUCUAAUUACUCAUUUCCCCUCCAACAAUGCUCCUUUUCCAGGAAGAGAAUUGGAGUCGUCGAAGUGAUCAAGUCUAAUUUAUCAGACUCAGAUGCCAAGAGAGCAAACCUUUCUGCUAGGAAGAAAGAAAGAAUUAAGCUUCCCAAACAUGACGGUAUUGGUGGAGAUAAUAAAUCAUUUCAUAUAAGUGAAUUUCUGAGCCAUAAAUCUGGUGUUGAAGCAAUGUUGAACAAAAGAGCUUUGCAAAGCUUUGAAUCUAUUGAUUCUAACAUGUACAGGUGUACUCUGCCACAAGUUCAACUUCUGAAUUUUGGAGUUGCCCCUGUUUUGAUUUUACAAGUGAACCCAACCAGCGAAGACUGCACUGUGGAGAUGUUGUCUUGCAAGUUUGAGGGUUCUGAUUUGGUAGAGCAGCAGAAUGACCACUUUUCAGCAUCAAUGGUAAACCGUAUAACGUGGGAAACAGUUGGAUCUCAGCCUUUCCUAAAUAUUGAUGUGAAAUUAAAUAUCUCUCUUGAGAUAUAUACCAUGCCAUUUACCAUGCUGCCUACUUCUGCUGUUGAGAGUCCCGGUAACUUAAUGAUGCAGGCUUUAGUGGACAGGCUAGUACCGUUGCUUUUGCAACAACUGCUUCAAGAUUAUGACAACUGGGUUCAGCAACAUCAGAAAUCUCAGUCGUGAAUCCAACUCCUUUAUAAUGAACUCCGUAUAGCUACAAUACUCCAUGUGAGCCGAUUUGCUCCAUCCUUGGUGGGUAAGUUAAGCCACCCAGACAACUGUACUUGUGGGUUGUUGGCUUGUUGCAAGCUUUCAAUUGGGUGGUGGACUAGUCUAGGUGCGCACAAGCCAGUUCGAACAUCAUCAAGUGUAUGAGAUUCCAUACUUCCAUGGUCCAAGUGUAAGCUCCCUAUUUGAUGCUCAUUUCUUAGUGCAAAAUAUCAAUCUCAAAAAUACCAUCAUAUUUAGUGAUAUCAAAUCAUUCAAGUCUCUCA